AUGAAGGACUCUGCUACCUUACCCGUAACGACCACCACUUCAUGUCGCCUCCUUUCUCAACCAGCGGCACCCACCAAGCCGAACGAGAAUAUCCACAACUCAGAGUUUCGCAUGUCGGAAUCUGGCAUCUCAGAUUCACGAAGCACCAGCCCCAAACCCUCCUUCGGUUCUUUCCUCCAGCACAACCGCCCAUCCAGCAUGUUUAGUAUCCUGCGCAACAAGUCAAAACCGAACUCCACUUUAACCACCGCAGCUACUCCCAAGAAGGGCAAGGAUGUGAUUGAUCCCAUGGACGGCAAAACCAAGGCAUGCGACCGCGCGAAGACGUUCGAGACCUUUGUUGAUGGCGAGCAAUUGAGGGCAGAUCCUGGGGUGGCGGAGCAAGUGGGAACGACUAGCGAUGUGAAGAGGGGGCUGCGGAAGGUGAGGGGAUGGUUUGGAAAGAAGAAGGGGGAUGAGGAGCGCUGA